AUUGGCAUCAAUAGUAGGAGCACCUGGGUAUCAGUUCAGUGGGUGCCAAUGGCUGCUGGAGAUCGUCUGUAUAGAAAGAUUUUAGCUGCUACAAGAUUCUUUUCGAAAGGAUGGGGCCCUGCCAGUGCCUAUGAGAGCCUGUUGGAGCUAUUUCCAUAUUUGAAUAACCGCUCUUCGAUCACGUCUCUCCUGGCAGAGCACACACACCCGAUCACCACUACACAGCCAAAAGAGCGAACCUGGGGUAGUCGAAUUGCUGGCUGCUUCUUGUCCCCUCUAGCCACCCUAUGUCCUGGAAUGCUGCCUGAAAUAGCCACUAAAGCAAGGUUUGAAUUAUUGCUACCAAAGGCAUGGCCUACACCAGACAGGCCUAUCUACAUACAUCUUGCCGGGACAGGAGAUCAUGGAUUUUGGCGCCGGCGUCACAUGACUGUACUCCCCUUGUUAAAGAAAGAGGGCAUUGGGGCACUUUUGCUGGAGAAUCCAUUUUACGGGGGUCGUAAACCUGUGGAUCAAAGAAGGUCUCAGCUCAACCAUGUGUCUGAUCUGUUUGUCAUGGGCCUGGCUCUCAUCUUCGAAUGCAUCGCUCUGAUUGGUUGGUUGGAAAGGGCGGGGCUCGGACCUGUGGGGCUGACUGGAAUAUCAAUGGGUGGACAUAAUGCGUCUCUGACAGCCUCUGUGUGUCCUAAUCCGGUUCCAGUAGUUCCAUGUCUCUCUUGGUCCACUGCGGCUAGUGUAUUCACAGAGGGUAUCCUUUCAGAGAGUGUAUGUUGGGGUGUUCUAGAGGAGCAGCUGCUUCACUCAAAACAGGGUGGAAAUGAGAGACUGCAUAAUAUUUUCAAGAUUGCUGCAGAGAGACAGAUUAAUGGAAAGUACGGAGAUCCUAUCCAGUCAUGUGAUCAGGACUCGGGGAGUCUGUUUCCCUCCCACCCCACAAUUCUUCCAGUUCGACCCAGUAUCUACAAGUCAGAGGCACACAAAGAAACAGUAUCUCUAAUGCUGGCAGUACUCAACUCGGCCACUCAUUUCAGCAACUUUGCCCAACCUGUGGACCCUGAACUGGCCUUAUUUGUUGCUGCUAAGGAUGACCUAUACAUCCCACGACACAAUGUCUCUGAUGUCAGAACACUAUGGCCUGGUUGCCGAGUUGAUUAUGUAACAGGUGGACAUGUAAGCUCUGUAAUUUGCCAUCAAGCCAAGUUCAGAAAUAGCCUAGCAGAAACCAUGGCAAGAGUUGUGAACAGAGGGACUUUGUGCUAACAUUUUGUUUGUUAUGUAUACAAUGUACGUAAAAUAUUUAACGUCAAUCUGUUUUCUGUAAUAAUUUAUAUAUAAUAUGUUACCACAAACAAAUAAAGGAAAGACUAAA